UAAUAUUUUAAGACAGAAGCAAAGCCUCAUCUUGUUAAACUAGAACUGCAUAUGUUCAGUUGAGUUGUAUAAACCCUUAAACCCAGUGGGUUUUGAGGAAGCUCCUAAAUGGCUUCUCUGUGUUUCACACAGUUCUAUGUGCUGCCCAGGUGGCAAUUGAAUUUGCCUUUAUUUGCCUCGAUUCAGUUCGUACAACCUCAGGAUAUUAGAUUGCGGAGUAGAUGUGUACCGACAGCCUUAUCUAAGAAAAAUCUUUCAGAAUCUUUAGUUGGUGAUGGUUCUGAUGGAGAAGGGGAGGUUGUAGAGAAAAAGGUGCGGAAAACUUCUAAACGGGCUCCAGCUAGAGGUCGUAGAAAAGCUAAAGUGGAAAUUCCAGAGGAUAGCCUUUUACCAGAGAAGGCUGAUGAUGUCACAGAUGAUAAAGCAUUAUUUCCCGUGUCGACUGAAAAACCUCAGAGGCGAACGCGAAAAAAAGCUUUAGUAGCAGCUGAGUCUACCUCUGACAGCAUAGUGGAGGAAAAACCUGUAAAAAAGGUAACUAGGCGGAGGACUAAAAAGAAGAUCGAGGAUCCAGUUGAUCAAGUUAGUGAAACAGAAGUUAGCGAUAGUGAAGGGGAGGCAGUUGACACUGACGUGGAAGAUGAUAAUGAGAAAGGACUGGAAUUUGAAUAUGAUGAUGGAGAAGACGAUAUCAGUUUUACUUAUGGAUGGCCUCCUCUUGUCUGUUGCUUCGGAUCUGCUCAACACUCGUUUGUGCCCUCAGGAAGACCUGCAAACAGGCUUCUUGACUAUGAAAUGCAUGAAAGAAUGAAGGAUGCCUUAUGGGCCCCUGAAAAGUACAUUAGGGCUCCAGGGAGUUGUUCAAGCAAUGUUGCAUUGGCUCUGGCCAAUUUAGGUGGUAAAGUUGCCUUCAUGGGAAAAAUUGGGGACGAUGAUUAUGGUCAAGCAUUGUUAUUGCAUCUAAAUGAAAGCAGAGUUCAGACACGAUCAGUUCGAAUUGAUAGUAAAAGAGUUACUGCAAUUUCACAAAUGAAGAUAGGCAAGAGAGGUGGCUUGAGAAUGACUUGUGUCAAACCAUGUGCAGAGGAUUCAUUGUUGAAGUCUGAGAUCAACAUAGAUGUGUUGAAGGAGGCAAAGAUGUUUUACUUCAACACAUUCUCACUGCUUGAUAAAAAGAUGAGAUCCACUGCAUUACAAGCCAUCAAGAUCUCAAAGAAGUUAGGAAGUCUGAUUUUCUAUGAUGUAAACCUUCCAUUACCAUUAUGGCAAUCUGGGGAAGAGACCAAAAUGUUCAUACAACAAGCAUGGGAUCUUGCAGAUGUUAUUGAGGUUACCACACAAGAGCUUGAAUUUCUUUGUGGAAUUGAGCCCUUUGAAAAUUUUGAUACCAAAAAUAAUGACAAAUCAAAGUUCCCUCAUUAUGCACCAGAAGUUUUAGCUCCACUUUGGCAUGAAAAUCUAAAACUUCUGUUUGUAACAAAUGGGACGUCAAAGAUUCAUUACUACACCAAGGAACACGAUGGAGCUGUCCUUGGGAUGGAGGAUGCACCUGUUACUCCUUUCAGUUGUGACAUGUCUGCAGCAGGGGAUGGCAUUGUUGCAGCUCUGAUGAGAAAGCUGACAAUUCAACCAAAUCUCAUCACUGAUAAAGGUUAUUUGGAGCACGCCAUCAAGUAUGCCAUUAAUUGUGGAGUAACAGACCAAUGGCUUCAGGCACGAAUCCGUGGCUUCCCUCCUAAAGAAGAGAUGGAAGGUGACAUUGUUCCAGAUACCAAUGGCAUAAUGUCUAUAACAGAAAAACAAUAUCGGACAUUAGUGCCUGUUAGUUCUACAAUUUGAUGCACUGGCAUUGUUAGUUGAAUGUAAGGCUUCAGCACUGUGUAGAGUAAUCGGGUAGUAGAAUUGAGUGUUUUAUCUUUUUCAUCGUCCCAUUGCAUAGGGAUGAUCAUAUAUGUUUAGCGCAAUACCAAGCUAAAAAUGGAUGGAAUCCACUGUUGUAGAAUGAAUUAAAAAAAUUCACGAUUUUAAUACAGAAGAGGAAUGUUUCUUUUUGUAA